AAAAGAUUUAAAAUGAUUAGUGGAGCAUUCCGAAGAUCAUUUAUAGGCAGAGCUCACUUUGGUCUUGUUUCAGAAUAUAAUAGCAGAGUCAAUUAGAAGUUAUACAAGGGAGUACAAGUAUCAGAAGCACCACAAUUCUUCACUACAUCUGCAAGACCAGGAAAUUUUGGAGAUCAUAUUGAUUUCAAAGUUCAAAUGGAUAAUUGGUUUGAUGAGAAUAGAGUUCAUAAUGAACACGAGACUGAAAUUAAAAGAACAUAAAUUUAUGCAUUGAAUGCUGUCUAUUAUGGUGGAUUACUCUCCUUUGCAAGAUUGUUUGCAGUUGGAAUUAUUGGCAGAUUAGAUGGUUGGAAGAGAUAUGACAGAGACACAUACCUCGAGAUGGACAUCGGAGAUUUACCACCAGGUGAAGUCAUGUAAAUCGUAUGGAAUGGUACACCAGUAUUCAUUAGAAGAUUGACUUAAUAAGAAAUUAAGGAUGAAGAUAACUUACCAAAAGAAACAAUUUUAGAUCCAAGUUCUGAAGUUGUUCUUACUAAUUGUGGAAACACUAAAGUCUUGGUUGUUAGUGCAUUGUGUACUCAUUUAGGAUGCAUUCCAAUCCCAUAUUUAGGUGCUUAUAAUGGUUGGGUCUGCAUUUGUCAUGGUUCAGUUUAUGACAAAUAUGCAAGAGUGAGACAAGGACCUGCAUUGUAAAAUUUACCAUUCAUUAAUAACUCAAUCUAUGAUGAUGUUAUCGUCUGUAUCGAAGAAAUGAAAUUCCCAAGAGAACCAAGUUAAAGAUAUUGGACUUGAAACAGCAAUACAUAUAUAUUAUAUUAAAUAACACAACAAUCAAUAUU